AAAAGAAAAAAAGAAAGGCGACUCACCAGGAGCAGCCAAGCAGCACCAGAGCCGACACGGCUGUUACGUGCUGAAGCGAGUCGGGGACUGUUCCCUUCGUAAUUAGAUUUUACACAUGAAUAAGGGUUAAUUUUUUACUUUCCGCGUUUAAAGUGUCUCGGACCAGGCACGACGGAACGGUGCGGUCAUUAGCUUAAAAUAAGCGAACCACCAGAACCGCUUUAGCUAGUCUUCACUCUCACUCAGUAGUCGGUUCAGUUUACGUAAAAAAAAACAUUUCGGGUGCAAAUGCUUCUCUAAAACAUCGGGAACUACAUAGAAGCAUCAACACAAGAUGGACUUCCGGUUAUUGUUAAUAGCAUCAUUAUCAGCUGUUCUGCGUGGCAGCUGGGCACAGCAAGAGGGAAGCGUAUGCAUCAAAGCAAACACGCAGUCAUGCGGGGAAUGCAUCCAGGUCGCCGAGUCAUGUGGAUGGUGCUCGGAUGCAGAAUUUCUCACUGUGGGUGAGUCCAAGUCAGCCCGCUGUGAUGACCUGGAGUCGCUGAAGAAGAGAAAUUGUGCAAACAUUGAGAACCCACGGGGAAGCAUCACCAUCGACAAGAACAAGGAAGUGACCAACCGCAAGGAUAAGACUGAGAAGCUGAAGCCUGAGCAGAUCACCCAGAUCCAGCCACAGAAACUCUCCCUGACACUCAGAUCUGGUGAGCCCCAGACCUUCAAGCUGAAGUUCAAGCGUGCUGAGGACUACCCCAUCGACCUCUAUUACCUUAUGGACCUCUCCUUCUCCAUGAAAGAUGAUUUGGAAAAUGUCAAGAACCUUGGUACUGACCUGAUGAGGGAAAUGAGGGAGAUCACCUCAGAUUUUAGGAUCGGAUUCGGCUCUUUUGUGGAGAAGACAGUCAUGCCUUACAUCAGCACCACACCAGCCAGACUCAUCAACCCCUGCACAGGGAACCAGAACUGUACCAGUCCCUUCAGCUACAAGAAUGUUCUGAAGCUGACCAACAACGGAGAUGAGUUCAACAAGCUGGUCAGUCAGCAGCAGAUCUCAGGAAACCUGGACUCACCAGAGGGAGGCUUCGAUGCCAUCAUGCAAGUGGCGGUGUGUGAGGAGCACAUAGGCUGGAGAAACGUGACUCGUCUGCUGGUGUUUUCCACCGAUGCUGGUUUCCACUUCGCUGGCGACGGUAAACUGGGUGGCAUCGUCCUCCCCAACGAUGGCAGGUGUCACCUGGAGAACAACAUGUACACCAUGAGCCAUUACUAUGACUACCCUUCCAUUGCUCAUCUGGUGCAGAAACUCAGUGACCACAACAUCCAGACCAUCUUUGCCGUUACUGAGGAAUUCCAACCUGUUUACAAGGAGUUGAAGAAUCUCAUUCCCAAGUCAGCUGUCGGUACACUGUCCUCCAACUCCAGCAAUGUGAUCAAACUCAUUAUCGAUGCUUACAAUUCUUUGUCAUCUGAGGUUAUUCUGGAACACACCAGGCUGCCAGAGGGCGUGUCCAUCGCCUUCAAGUCUAUCUGUAAGAACGGAGUGGAGGGACCAGAGGAGAAUGGCAGGAAAUGCUCCAACAUCUCCAUCGGAGAUGAGGUGUCUUUUGUGAUUUCCAUCGAAUCACAGAAGUGUCCAGCACACAAUAAAUCGGAGACAAUUAAAAUUAAACCUCUGGGCUUCACCGAGGAGGUGGAGGUAGUACUGAACUUCAUCUGUGACUGCGAGUGCGCCGCAGACGGAGAAGCCAACAGUAAAAUAUGCAACCAGGGCCACGGGACCUACGAGUGUGGAGCUUGCAAGUGUAAUGAGGGGCGUAUUGGACGACUCUGUGAGUGCAGCAAAGACGAAGUCCGAACAGAGGACCUGGACGCCAACUGCAGGAAGGACAACGGUACAGAUAUCUGCAGCAACAACGGUGACUGCGUCUGCGGCACCUGCGAGUGCAAGAAGCGGGAUAAUACAGCAGAGCUUUACAGUGGGAAAUACUGCGAGUGUGACAACUUCAACUGUGACCGCUCCAACAACAAGCUCUGCGGAGGACACGGGCGCUGUGUUUGCAGGAAGUGCGUCUGUGACGCUAACUACACAGGCAGUGCCUGCGACUGCUCCCUGGAUACCUCCACCUGCCUCGCCAAGAACGGGCAGAUCUGUAACGGCCGUGGUACUUGCGAAUGUGGAAUCUGCAAAUGCACCAACCCCAAAUUCCAGGGUCCAACUUGUGAAAUCUGUCCCACCUGCCCCGGCGUCUGCACUGAGCACAAAGACUGUGUGCAGUGCCGAGCAUUUGAGGCCGGUGAGAAGAAGGACACAUGCGAGCGGGACUGCAGCUACUUCCAGCUGAUCAAGGUGAAGGAUCGCGACAAGCUGCCCCAGCCCACAGACCAGAGUUUCCCACUGACUCACUGCAAAGAGCGAGACGCCAACGACUGCUGGUUCUACUACACCUAUGCCAUCAGGAAUGACACCAAGGAGGUCUACGUGGUGGAGAACUUGGAAUGCCCUGCAGGACCUGACAUCAUCCCUAUCGUGGCAGGAGUGGUAGCAGGCAUCGUUCUGAUCGGCCUCGCUCUCCUGCUCAUCUGGAAACUGCUCAUGAUCAUCCACGACCGCAGAGAGUUUGCCAAGUUUGAGAAGGAGAAGAUGAACGCAAAGUGGGACACGCAAGGAAACCCUAUUUACAAGAGUCCCAUUAACCAGUUCCAGAAUCCCAGCUAUGGGAAUAAAUCCACUGCUCUUUAGGGUGAGAAUCCAAUCUACAAAAGUGCUGUAACAACUGUCGUCAACCCAAAGUACGAGGGCAAAUGAUGGAGCUUUGCCUUCUUUGUGACAACACUGUAUGGAAAAGAGAGAGGGCUUGGGUGAAAGGGAGGGGCGGGUUUUCUAUUGUUCUCACUGUUGAUGUUUGUUUGUUUUUUGUUGUAGCCACCAAAUGAUAGCAAAGCAUUUUGCCACUAUUUCAGUGUGUUGUACUAACUUGGUUUUAUUUUCUAUGCAUCGCUUGAAUGUGUACAGUCUGUGUAAAUGUGGGGUUUUGUAUUUUUUUAUUUGUUUGAUUUUAUGCCUCUGCGGAACUUGAGAGAAAAGUGUUGUGAACUGAUUCUAUUUUUUUGUCUUUUUCCUGCCACGGGACUGGCAAAGUAACGAAAAAAGCCCAAGUGUGCCUUUUUCAUAGAACAGUGAAGCCAUCAGUGUUUAAUUGAGGGUUUAAUUUGAUUUUGAUGAUGGGCAACAAAUGAAGUGUUCCUUUUCCAACGAAUCAUGCAUACAACAUUUACGGCAAUCAAGUCACUGACUCACAACCUCAAGUGAGCAAACUUGUUCAGACUGAUUUGUCAUCUGAGAGGAGGUUCCAAUCAUGUGACUGAGUCAAUGUUGCUCUCUUUUUAUGGCGCUUUUCCAUUAAACAGUUCUAGCACUACUACUGUUCGGUUGUGGUAUCAGGCACGUUGUUUUCCGUUACUUCAUAGUACCUCCUCAAUGUGGGUUGCCGCAACGUCGUUUUGGGUGGCUCCGUUAAGGUACCAAAUAAAGCUCCAGGUACCAGGUACUAUCACUAAUAGAAAAGCAGAAAAAAACACCGACAGUCGAGUCAAGUAGUGCUAGAACUGUAUAAUGGAGAAGCGCCAUUUGUUGGACUCUUCAGAUGGAGUGCCAGUAGGCCGUGUGUGGCAGCCAUGAAUUGUGUACAGUAUGUUUUGGGUUCUGUGUAAAGCCAUAUAUGUAUUCACAGAACCAGGUCGAAGAGUUAGUGUUAGUGUUUUUUCUAAAAUCCUGAACAAUCAAUUGAAAGGUCUUUUAUCUAUAAGAUAUUUUCUUGGGUUGCCUUUCUGGGUGAAAGGACAUCAGUGUACAGUAGUUUUAACUGUUUGGCUCCGGGUUUUUACUUUACUUAAUUUAAAAGCCAACUCAGGUCCUUAAUUCUUCACAGCAAUGCCAAAUAUGCAGAAUAUGCCUUCAUUUUGUUUUGCUAACUAAAUUUGCUUAUAUUAAAAUGCCUUAUUUUACUUGUGGAACAUGAAUUGGGGAAAGCUCCCAGUUUUAAUGUCAGUUAUUCCUACCAGCCAUUUGUUGGUGCCUCGAUCAAAUGUUUUUUAUUGAACAUGAACCAAUAGUAAAAUGUCACUUAGAUUAAAAGAUUAGUGCUAAGGGAAUUAAAAAUAGGUUACCCCUAUCACCAUUGUUUUUAAGUGCCUUUUUAAUUUCUACAACACAGUCACAUUUGCAAUUCUGUACUUUUGAAAUUAUUUAUUGAAUAAAUAUUCAAAACCA